CAGUCGUCCCCCGAAAUGCCGGUCGACUUUACCGGGUACUGGAAGAUGCUGGCCAACGAGGAUUUCAAGGAGUACCUGCGCGCGCUGGAUGUCAAUGUGGCCUUGAGCAAAAUCGCCAACUUGCUGAAGCCAGACAAAGAGAUAGUGCAGGAAGGCGACCACAUGAUCAUCCACACGCUGAGCACUUUUAGAAACUACAUCAUGGACUUCCAGGUUGGGAAGGAGUUUGAGGAGGAUCUAACGGGCAUAGACGACCGCAAGUGCAUGACUACGGUGAGCUGGGAUGGGGACAAGCUCGAGUGUGUGCAGAAGGAGGGAUGUGGCUGGACCCAGUGGAUUGAGGGUGAUGAGCUGCACCUGGAGAUGAGAGUGGAGGGAGUGGUCUGCAAGCAAGUAUUCAAAAAGGUGAACUGAAGCUUGAGCAGAUCUUGGUCUCUAGGAAUGAGUGACAUGACAGGGGCACCGGGGUCCCCCCCUUUCUGCACAGCAUGGGGCAGAGAUGCCUGGCUACCCCCGCCUCUGUUAGCAGAGUCUGUCUCUUGGUGUUGUCUCUUUUCCUUUUCUUCAAACGAAGCCAUCCCAAUAAAAGUGGUUUCUGCUUGAA